AUGUCAAAGCCACUCACGAUCUUCCUGACCACCUGGAACACCGGGCUGCAGGGGUCGAAAGCGCAAUCCCAGGACCUUACGAGUUGGCUGUUGCCGGUCCUUCAGCGGACGGCACAGGAUGCAGGGAUGAGUGACGACGACGGGGCUAGGGCACCGCCUGAUAUCUAUGCUAUUGGGGUGCAGGAGCUUCUGCCUGUGAAUCUAGCUCGCGACACAUAUUACCAUGCUGACAAUAUAUUCGCCGGCCUGACAGCCCCCGUCGUAUCCAGCCUGACGACCCGGAUCCAAUCCCUCCUCUCCUCGCACGCAACCUCCCUUUCCCCCUCGCGAACGCCCGAAAACUACCUCCUCGUCUCGCGCGUCUCGCAUGGCGGAAAUGCUCUCUGGGUCUUUGCGCGGGAAGCGACCAUGGCUGGUCGGAUGGGGAAAUGCCUCACGAGCAGGCUGGGGCUGUGGUGGGGGUGUAUGGGGAAUAAGGGGGCUGUGGGUGUGAGGCUGGAAGUCAGGAGAGGGGAAACGAGCGGGUGGGAGACUCUGACAUUUGUCUGUACUCAUCUGGAGGCGUACGACAAGAACGUCCCUCGCCGGAACACCCAAUUCCAAAACAUCCUAUCCUCUCUCCUCUUUACUUCUUCCGACCCCCUCUCGACCCCAUAUCAAAUCACAGACACCUCGCACCUCUUCGUCAUUGGCGACCUCAACUACCGGCUCGCGAGAUUACCACAUCUCGUCACUGGGGAACCGAGGGAGAAUCCGGGAGAUGCGGGCGUGACCAACCGGGCGGAAGCUGUAGAGCUGGAGAAGGAGCGAGCGGACAUGCUGGAGCUGGACACUUUGAGGAGGGAGCAGAAGGAGGGGAGGGUGUUUGGAGGAUUGAGGGAGGGGAAGCUGGAAGGGUUUGCGCCGACGUAUAAGCGGGUCGUUGGACAGGUCGAGGGUUACUCCAGAAAGCGGAUACCAGGCUGGACAGACCGGAUCCUCUUCGCGUCACAUACCGACGCAUCCUCUUCCGCGCCAACCACCAAGAUUCUGACAUACACCUCCACGCCCGCACUUACGAUAUCCGACCACAAGCCUGUACAUUGCGUUCUAUCCCUGCCUCCCGCUACCCACUCCGCUCAGUCGCCAUCUCUUGCCCCUACGCUCCCAGCGGCAGGUCCGCCACAUACGCCCGUGCCCGCCCCAAUAAGCCGCGAGGCCCUGUUCUUCUGGCGUCUUCUGGGAAGCAUCUUGGACAAGCUUAUCGGGUGGCCAUGGUCCCUGCUGGUGUUGAUGGGCGCGGGCAACUUGAAGGCGGGGAUGGGAGUGGGCGCAUUCAGCGCAAUGGUAUGGGGCGUGUGGUGGAUGGGGAUCAUUGGUGGAAAUUGGUCAGCUUAG